AGAGAAGCCAAGCAUGAGCCAUGCCCGCUCUCACCUCUCAGCUUCUCCACCUCCCAUUCUCCACUUUCUCCUUCAUCUAUGGAUUCCUCUCACACCCGCCUCGAUUACGGCAAGAUGGGCUAUGGGUGUAAGCAUUAUAAGCGGAGAUGUAUGAUCCGAGCGCCGUGUUGCAACGAGAUCUUUCAUUGCCGUCAUUGCCACAAUGAAUCCACGUCGGAUCGGCAUGAACUUCGCCGCCAGGAUGUCCAGAGGGUUAUUUGUCUGAUUUGUGACACCGAACAGCCUGUUGCGCAAGUAUGCACAAACUGUGGGGUUAACAUGGGGGAAUACUUCUGUGGAAUAUGCAAAUUCUAUGAUGAUGAUAUUGAGAAAAAGCAGUAUCAUUGUGAUAACUGUGGUAUCUGCAGGGUUGGUGGCAGAGAGAAUUUCUUCCACUGCAAGAAGUGUGAUGCCUGUUAUUCAAUGGAGCUUCGUGAUAAGCAUUCAUGUGUUGAGAACUCAAUGCGGCACCACUGCCCCAUUUGCUAUGAGUAUCUGUUUGACUCCUUGAAAGAGACUACUGUUUUGAAGUGUGGGCACACCAUGCAUUCAAAGUGUUUUCAGGAGAUGAUGAAGCAUGAAAAGUAUACAUGUCCAAUAUGCUCCAGGUCAGUGAUUGACAUGUCGAAAAUGUGGAGGGAACUAGAUGAAGAGAUUGAAUCCACAAUUAUGCCCGAGGAUUAUCGGAACAGAAAGGUCUGGAUCCUCUGUAAUGACUGCAAUGAUACUACAGAAGUAUACUUCCAUAUAAUUGGGCAGAAAUGCAGCCAUUGUCAAUCCUACAAUACUCGUGCCAUCUCACGUCCAACCAUUCCUCAAUGAUUUACUUGCACUCUCUUCCAUGUUUAGUUUACUGAUAAUAUUGUUGAAGCAUUCAUUCAUUGUGGUUAGGCACUGUUGUAUUACAAACCAAAUGAUCUCAUUUGGUUUCUAAAUCAAGGAAAAGUGUUAGCAUGCUGUCAUCUCGAACCAUCUCACCUCCAACCAUUCCUCAAUGAUUUACUUGCACUCUCUUGCAUGUUUACUGAUACAAUUGUUGAAGCGUUCAUUCA